CACGUGACUGCGGUGAAGGUGAACACGUGACCAGUAAUGGCGUCCUCCGGCGCUGGCCGACUAGUAAGAAGAUCAGGAGCGGGUGGUCUUCUUGGAAGGGUGCACUGUCUUCAACAGCGGGGGUCUUCCCCACUGACACUGUGUCAGCAACAUGGCCGCUUCUUCUGGGAGAAGUGGAAGAAGGCCCACUCUCACAGUGUAGUUCGCCCUGCUACUGUACGACCUGCUUACGCAGUACCAAAGCACAUUGUGCGCCCAGAUUACGUCAGCAAAGGACUGGUCCCAGAAUGGCCGGACUACGUAGAAAUCCACAAUCCAGAGCAGAUCCAAGGCCUGGUCAGAGCCUGCCAGCUAGCCCGACAUGUGCUGCUACUAGCCGGACACAGUCUGAAAGUUGGUAUGACAACAGAUGAAAUAGACUUCAUUGUACAUCAGGAGACUAUCCGGCAUAACGCCUACCCCUCCCCUCUUAGAUACGGGGGUUUCCCAAAAUCUGUUUGUACGUCUGUGAACAACGUGGUGUGUCAUGGCAUACCUGACAGUCGGCCGCUUGCAGACGGUGAUAUCAUCAACGUCGAUGUCACUGUGUAUCUGGAUGGUUACCAUGGUGACACAUCGGAAACCUUCUUAAUUGGCCAGGUGGAUGAGGUUGGGCGGCGACUGGUUGAAACGGCGAGGCGCUGCAGAGAUGAAGCUAUCGCAGUUUGCAAGCCGGGUGCACAGCUUUGUGUCAUUGGGAACACUAUUAGUGAAAUUGCUCAAUCAAAUGGAUUCCAGGUGUGUCCUUAUUUCAUUGGACACGGCAUCGGCUCCCACUUCCAUUGCCACCCUGAGAUCUGGCACCAUGCCAACGAUAACGACAUGACCAUGGAAGAAGGCAUGGCCUUCACCAUAGAACCCAUACUGAUGGAGGGCUCUCCAGAGUUUAGAAUACUGCAAGAUAAGUGGACUGCAGUGUCCACAGACCAGAAAAGGUCGGCUCAGUUCGAACAUACGCUGGUAGUUACGUCUGACGCAGUGCAAGUUCUCACCAAGUUGCCAGAGGAGAACAAGCAGUGACCUGAGGAGAUUUACUUGACUUGAAAAACAUCCAACAAACUUCAAUGCAUCUAUUUCAAUAUAUUUUCUCCCUCACAUUUGAAAAUCAGCCUUAGAAACAAGUUAACAAUGAACUAUUUUUCAAUCAAAUCUCACCUCAACUUUAUACAUUAUUUUUGUGUGCAGCAUGCAUCAAACUUAGAGGAGAAAAAAAGUGUUCCUAUUUUUUUAAAAAUCGUUAUUGUACCGCAUGUAAGUUGGGGGACAUUUAUAAAGUUAACCUAUAAGGUUUGUGUAUUUGAGGUGAGGCGUAAAGUAAAGUAGACCUGGCAACAAUUGAGCCCCAAUCAUUAUUUUUCACUACAAGGGAACAAUGUGUACUGUUUGUUAGAAUCCUCUUGUGCUCCAGAUGUAGUGAUCUGUAGGACUGGGGAGCGUCUGUGCUCUUGUGCUCCAGAUUUAGUGAUCUAUAGUACUGGGGAGCGUCUGUCCUCUUGUGCUCCAGAUUUAGUGAUCUAUAGUACUGGGGAGCGUCUGUCCUCUUGUGCUCCAGAUUUAGUGAUCUCUAGUACUGGGGAGCGUCUGUCCUCUUGUGCUCCAGAUUUAGUGAUCUCUAGUAUUGGGGAGCGUCUGUCCUCUUGUGCUCCAGAUUUAGUGAUCUCUACUACUGGGGAGCGUCUGUCCUCUUGUGCUCCAGAUUUAGUGAUCUCUAGUACUGGGGAGUGU